AUGACGUCGUCCCUCACACAUGUGCUGAUCUCACUCGCCUCCCGCGCCGUCGCCAGAAGUAAACAGUGUCUUUCCGCACGCACGGCGGAAGGAGUCUUGUCUGUUCUGUCUGUCUGUCUGGGAGGCUGCUUCCGGCCAUCAGUCAAGGUGUCUGCGGCGGCACUGGUUCAUCGCAUCCUCCAGAGUUUGAGGUAUCCUGGAGGAGCUCUUUACACGCCCGACCCUGCCCGUGAGGACCCCUCGGGGGAGGUUUUCUCCUCCCCGGGGGAGCUGCGAGAGCUUUGGGAAAGGCGUAUUGUGCGUGGCAGAGAAGAGCGCCCAUCCCGCGGGCCCUGCCGCCGGAGGUCGGCGUCGGAGCACUGUCCUCGCGACGCCUUGGACGCUUCCCGCAGAGGGUCCUCGAGUAGUCCGGUCACGCGUCGCGCUGGAAGGAUCUCCUCGACUGCCAGAUUGACGACCUCCGCCUCGCCCCUCACCCACACUCCUUCCUCACUUAGAGUUAGUUACCUCGACGCCCCUAGAUUAGACCCUCAUCUUAACCCCGCCCACGCCGAAUCCUCGCCUCCCCCACACCCCGCGAAGGACAUGGCUCUUCCGGCGACCAGGCUCGGGGGCGUGACCUUCGCUCUCCCCCCGCAGGAUGCAAGGCUAGUCGCGGUGGCAGAGAGCGGCGAGUCUUCCCUGUCAUCGCCUUCUGACUCGCGGGCUUCGACUCCCCCGGGGUACCACAGCCCCACCGGGUACCAGACGUCGGCGCCGUCCACGCCCGACGGCUCGCCCAAGCAGCGCCGCAAGAAGUUCUUCCCCGCGAAGGCCGCCGCCGCAGGAACCCCGAAGGAGGCAGCUCUCAGGGCCAGGAUGGCGGAGGUGACGGUGGAGGCCUCCCAGCGGGGCAAGGCGCCGUGGCCGCCGCGGCAGGAAGCCCCCAGCCAACGCGCGGUGCCGCCAUGGGCCGAGCCCGACGCACAGCCGCCGCCGCUGCCGUCGGCCGUGUACGCUACCAUCGCGGCGCCAGCCUCGCGCCGCACCGCCGCCAAGCCCGCGGGCCCCACGAGCACCCGACCGCCCCCCAACCGGCCGUCGCCCGGCGCCAGCCCCGUCGCGCCGCGGAAGUCCCUCUUCGGCACCAACCUGUCCCGCAGGGCGCUCUCGUCGGAGUCCCUCGCGCGCCCGCUGCCCUGGGCCGACCAGAUGAGGUCCAGGACCGACUCGCCGUCCAGGGCGCCGCGCAAGACGCCGACGACGGACGCCUCGCGCUCGGAGCCUCACGAGGGCCGCCGCUCAGAGUCCCUCGGCCAGCUGGACCAGAAAGCGUCCGACGCGAGGGGCGUUGGCCCAAAUGCGAGCGAAGGGCGUGCCGCUGGCUCCGUCCCCCAACCCGCAAGCGAGGGCGCGGGCGGGCAGGGUGCCAGUGCAGGUCAGGGCGUCGGGCAGCAGGGCACACCCGCACAGACCCCCGGAGGCGCCGCUCGCACCACGGUCGUCAAGCAGGAGGCCUCGCACUUCGAGCAGCGCACCGUGACAAUGGUCAGUGUCAAGAGCGAGGCGGAGAGCAAGUCCGUCGUCGCCGCCGGCACCGCAGCUGCCGCGUCGGGGCCGGGAUCCCCGACACCCUGGCGAAAGGCGAGGCCGGCGGCCGAACCGGCUGGCAAGGCAGCUCCUGCGCAGCCACAUCAGCAGGAACAACAGAAGCAGCAGCAGCAACAUCAGCAACAACAGGAACAAAAGCAACAACAGCAGAAACAGCAGCAGCAACAUCAGCAGGAACAACAGAAGCAGCAGCAGCAACAUCAGCAACAACAGCAGCAGCAGCAGCAACAACAACAGAAACAGCAGCAGCAGCAGCAACAACAACAGAAACAACAACAACAACAACAACAACAGAAACAACAGCAGCAGCAACCGCCAUGGCGCAGCGCGAAGGCAGAGGCGAGUGCAGCCUCAGACCGCGAAGGCCCACCGUCUGCGGCUCCGAAAGGAACCGAACCCCUCCAGCAGGCGCCGUGGAGGAGGCCGUCGGUGCAGCAGGACAAGGAAAAGGAAGUCAGCGCUGCCGCACCUGAGUCACUUUUGAGGAAAGAGCAGGCUACAGGCUUGCCUCAGCAACCUCAGCCUGCUUCAGCGCCCGCUCCGCCCGCUGCUGUAUCCAAGCCGCCUCCCCCAGCAACCCCUCCUGUUUUGGACCCUGUAGAUUCUGCAGUCAAGCCAGCAGCUCCCUCGGUUAGUGCAGCCAAGUCAGCAGCCCCUUCAGCUAGCGCUGUUAUGUCCGAAACUUCCGCUCCGGGUACGAGCAAAGGUGCAGCUUCCACCCCUGAAGCCACGCCUUCCACGUCGACUUCCGCCGCAAGCAAACUAGCAUCUCCCGCUCCUCCUGUGAACAAACCCGCCUCUCCUGUGCCUGCCGUCAACCAAAAGGCUUCUGCCAACCACCCUGCAUCCCUCGCCCCUGCUGUCAGCAAACCCGCCUCUCUCGCACCUGCUGUCAACCAAGCAACAUCUGCUCCUGCCAGUCAGCCCGCUUCCCUUGCCCCUGCUGCUAGCAAGCCUGCCUCUCCUGCCGUGAAGGAGCCGGCAGGCCCUUCUCCAGCGCCUCCCGCCGCAGUCAAAUCAUCCUCGCCUCAGCCCGGCCCAAGUGUCUCGAGACCUUCCCCUUCGGCGGAUUCUCGUGCACCCGCGUCCGCCCAGAACGAGCCUGUUGGCAGUAAGGCAGGGGCGCCGCCGCUGCCGCCGCCCCCCGCUCUCCUGGUGCUGUCUGAGCUGUCUUCCGCCCGCUCACCCACGCCGCCGCUGCCGCCCAAACAGACUGCAGCUGAGAUCAUCUCCGCGCCGGCCCUGCCCCAGGCCCCUAAGCCCGCAGUCAUAUCCACCACGCCGCCCAUUUCGGCAGGUGCGGCCGCUCCCGCCCCGCUGAGACCUCCUUCCCCCUCUGUGCCGUCUGCCCCGAAAGCUCAGUCGCUUCCACAUCAGCUGCCACCCCUCCGUCGGCGCCCUCGGCGGCUGCGAGCGAGGUAAAGUCUGCAGCAGCUCCGACUGCCUCCGAAGCCAAGAGC